AAUUUGUGAAACUCACCAUUUCGAGGUCUACAUCAACGUGGCCGUCGGUAUAUACAACCGCUUUCUGACUAUUAAAUCUGCAAAAUAACCACGUAUUUUCAUUUCUUGUACUGCUGAACAGCUUUCCCGAUGCUUUCUCGCGUGUUUCGAAAUAGUUUUGAGCGUCUACGACACUUUCCUAUCUUGUACAGCUCGCAUUCAAGAGUCACCACAGUUGGCAUUCAAGCAAAAUCAGUGAGUACUCAAGGAGGAAAAUCUGUCAAUGUGGAACUCAAAGAUGGUGUGGCUGUAGUAAGAAUUAACCAGCCUGACUCCAAGGUGAAUGUUCUAUCAGAAAGCUUGUUGUCAGAAGUUGAUCAGAUUUUCAAUCGUAUAAUUGAUGAUCCGAGCAUCACCAGUGCUGUGCUGAUAUCUGCUAAACCUGGAUGUUUUAUUGCUGGUGCUGAUAUUAACAUGUUGAGUGCUGCAGGCACAGCUGAAAAGAUAUCAGACUUAUCUUCUCGUGGACAGGCUGUGCUACAAAGACUUGAGGAUUGCCCCAAGCCAAUAGUUGCAGCCAUUAUGGGCUCAUGUCUUGGUGGUGGUCUCGAGGUGGCACUUGGUUGUGACUAUAGAGUCGCUGUAAAAGAUUCAAAAACAAUGCUUGGACAACCGGAGGUUAUGUUAGGGCUUUUGCCUGGUGCAGGUGGCACCCAACGAUUACCAAAAUUGGUUGGUUUACCCGACUCUUUGGACAUGAUGUUGACUGGGAAAAAUAUACGCGCGGAAAAAGCAAAAAAGAUGGGUCUUGUCGAUUUGCUGGUGAAUCCUUUAGGUCCUGGUCUUACUGAGCCUACGCUCAAUACGUUGAGAUAUCUGGAAGAAACGUCGAUUGAAGUGGCGAAGGACUUGGCGAGUAAAAAAUUAAAAGUAGAUAGAUCACGAAAGUGGACUAAUAUGUCAGGUCUUAUGUACAAAAUUACGACGGAAACCUCGUUUGGACAGAACUAUGUUUUCAAGAAAGCUCGCGAAACGGUAAUGAAGAAGUCGCUCGGAUUAUAUCCGGCUCCUCUAAAGAUUCUUGAUGUUGUAAAAGUGGGAGUGGAGAAAGGUGGUAUUGAGGGAUACCAAGCUGAAGCAGAGGGUUUUGGUGAACUUGGUGAAUCAAAAGAAGCCAAAGCAUUGAUGUCAUUGUUUUUUGGACAGACUGAGUGUAAAAAGAACAGGUUUGGCAAACCUAAAAAGGACAUAAAAACUGUGGCUGUUCUUGGUGCUGGUCUUAUGGGCGCUGGCAUUGGAAAUGUAAGCUUGCAGAAAGGCUACACUGUCAUCCUGAAGGAUAACUUUCAGCAAGGUCUUAUAAGAGGACAAGAUCAAAUAUAUAAAGAGUAUCACAAAAGUAAAAGAAGGUCGAUGUCAAGUGCCGAACGUGAUAGGAUGAUGUCUGAUCUUUAUGCUCAACUGGACUAUAAGGGUUUUGAUAAAGCUGAUGUUGUUAUCGAAGCUGUCUUUGAAGAUCUCAAUAUCAAACACAAAGUAAUUAAAGAAAUAGAGCAGGUUAUACCAGAGGAUUGUGUUUUUGCUUCAAAUACGUCGGCUCUACCCAUACACAAGAUUGCCGAAGCCAGCAAACGUCCCUGAAGUUUUCCUGUUAUUGGAAUGCAUUACUUUUCACCAGUGGAGAAAAUGCCUUUAUUAGAAAUAAUUACGACCGACAAAACUUCCAAAGAAACUGCAGCUAUUGCAGUUGAUGUGGGUCUUAAACAAGGAAAGACUGUUAUUGUUGUCAAGGACGGUCCGGGCUUUUAUACGACGAGAAUUCUUGCACCAACAAUGGCUGAAGUUAUAGCUUUGUUACAAGAAGGGAUUAGUCCCGAACAGCUGGAUAAACUGACAAAAAGCUUUGGAUUCCCAGUCGGGUCGGCAACGCUUGCUGACGAAGUUGGCAUCGAUGUCGCUACUCAUGUCGCAGAAGAUUGAAAUGCAUUUGGCGAUAGAUUCCGCGGUGGAAAUAUUGGUGUUUUAAAAACGAUGGUGGAAGAAGGCUUCCUCGGACGCAAAAGUGGCAAAGGAUUUUUCAUUUACCCAGAUGGAAAAGGAAAGAAAACGAUAAACAGUGGGGCUAUGGAUAUCCUCAAGAAAUAUGCUGUAGAUAAAAGGGGAAGUCAUAGUCCAGAGGAUAUACAAAUGCGUCUCGCUGCAAGAUUUACUAACGAGGCUCUGUUGACGUUGCAAGAAGGCAUUCUUAACAGUCCAGUUGAUGGCGAUAUAGGAGCUGUUUUUGGCUUGGGUUUUCCCCCUUUCCUCGGAGGUCCUUUCCGUUUCGUUGAUACGUACGGCGCCGACAAUCUUGUCAAUAAGAUGCGACAGUUUCAAUCGGAAGUUGGCGAAGCUCAAUUCCAACCUUGCCAACUUUUAUUGGAUUACAAGGAUAAAUCCAAGAAAUUUCAUCAGAGAUAAGCCAUAAUUCAUAUUUUUUUAUAUCUUUUGAACUAUGAAACUGCGCAGAAAUGAAUAGGCACGAACAGGUUUGGAGUUGCGCAUAAGCAAAUAUUUAGGAAUUGUUGCUUUUGCCAUUUCACAAUUCUUCUUUGAAAAACGCAUUUCUGUACAUUAAAUAACGACAGAAUGUCGAAAAA